AUGUUGGCAACAAAACAAUCAGCAACUAUAUUAGCUACAAGAAGAUAUUUCUCAUCAACUUUCAUUAAAGCAUUAAAAGAUUCUUCAAAAGCUUCAGCAACUUUAAUCAAUUUAUCAAGUCCAUCAUCAUCAUCAGUGGAAGGUGGUAAUUCAUUUAAAUCAUUUGCAGAAUAUAGAAAAUCUGCAAUUCAACAUGGUCCUUUGAAAAAAACUUUAAUUAAUGAUGUUGGGUUUAAACCAAUUUUAACAGAUUAUAAAGAUUAUGGUGUUAGUGAUAUUUUUGCUAAAACUGCUAGAUCAAAUGAUUAUCGUGAGUAA